GGUGCGAUUUGAAACACUUCGAGCGAAUCCCGCGUUCACAAACUUUUCAAUGACAGCUGUGUAGUCGUCGUCUUGCACCACAACCAUGGGGGCCCACAGGGACAGGAAGAUGGUCAGCAGGCAUAAAGACGGGUUCAUGGCUUUACUGUUAAAUGCUUACCCCGAUGCCUACAGGGACGCCCAGACACCACAUUGCGAGCGUUCCCCAAGGAGUCAUGUUGAAGUAUCGAACAAAACCUCACUGAAACCCUGUCGGGCUCAGUCUGUCUCGGGCGCCUAAACGUACUGCGUAGCUGUAGUGGGAAAUCCAAGUGUGUCUGGUCUGUCUCAAGCCGGUGCGACGUUUCCACCAUAACAACACAAAAAAGACAUGAUGACCAAGGAAGACUCUUGCGAUCGUCUUUCUCGCUAUUGGGAUGGCGCUACGGAAUUAAAAGCGCGGUUGUCGGUUGGUGGGUGUCGACAGCGCAAGAUCGCAACCGCCGACGGAUGGUUUACUGCGUACGCUGCUGCUUUGUUGUUGGCAUCACGUGGACUGGUCGGAACCGCAUUUGAGGCAGAGCAUAAGGAGGCAGAUGAGACAACCACCUGCGAUGCCCACGCUUCAUCACUCAGAAUUACCAGGACCAUUAGGACGAUUAAUUCCCUGAGGUGGCCAUAG